UAAACAAAUAAAUAGAAUUCAUGUUUACGAUGAAAAAAUAAUAAAAUCCAUCUUCAUUUCCAUUGUUUCUUCCACCUUCUUCAAAGAACCCUCGGAGUUUUUACCAUUGUGAACAAACAUCGAAAUUGUGGCAUAGGAACGCCCUCUUGUUUUUUCUUUCACCACACAAAUUCUCAUUUUUAUUCCCUCUCUCAUUUAUUUCAAUCCACAACUAUUUUUCUCUGAUUUCGAACAUAUCUAUCUCUAUUUGGUUGAGCCACAUCUUGCAAUUGUUGUUAUUUUGUUUUGAUUUCAGAGGUUUGUGUUUGAUCCUCAUGAAUCAUAUAAAAGAAGUUGUUGUGUAUGUUGACCCCAUUUUUGUACCAUAUGGCUGCGCUGACAACACCAACCCAAAGGAUUAUUACAAAGUGCUGGAGAUUGAUUAUGAUGCAACAGAUGAAGAUAUCAGAUUUAAUUACCGAAGACUCGCCUUGAAAUGGCAUCCCGACAAACACAAUGAUGAUAGUGUUGUUACUGCAAAAUUUCAAGAGAUUAAUGAAGCUUACAAUGUAUUGAGCGAUCCUGCCAAGCGUUUUGACUAUGAUUUAACUGGUGCGUGUGAGAUUGAGAAGUAUAGCUUGCAGGAAUAUCUUGCUAGAUUUAAAGGAAUGAUUCUGACCUGCAAUGGACUUGGUAUCAGCCAUAAUGACAAAUGGUCACAACAAUUGAUUGAAGGUUUUGAACAACUAGAUAAAUAAGGUCUGGGGAGGUUUCAAAAGUCUCUGACUCGGAGGGGACGAAAAUUGGAGAGAGAGGAAGGAAUUAUGCAUAUAUAAUACAACUACAGAAUAAGAUUUUUUAUUUUUUUUUAAAGAAAUUAUUCAACAAAUUUAAAAUAAUAAGUAAGUGAAUGUUCGUCGUAUAGCCAUUGAUUUGCAUUGUCAAGUUUCCAUUUUCAUUAUUAUUACUAAAUUGAUAUAUUUAUCUA